GAGGACGGAGAGGGUUCGAGAGGUAGAAUCGAUCAGACUUAAUGCUCGCGGGGAAGAUGAUUGCCUGUUGGAGCACACGAUGUGAUUUGUGGUGCACAUUGCAUCGUUGCCAUAGAGUUUGGCGGACCCAGUAAGUAGCGGAGAAGCGGAGAGAGAUAGAGAUCUGACACGUGCAGCAAAGAGAUUCGCAUGUGUUCAUGAGCUGCGAUUCUCGGAUACGGGAACAUAGUGAUCUGGGACCUUACAUGACAUACAUGUUUGGACCUUUCAAAUCGUUUUCGUUGAAUUCAAAUCAGGAGUUGUUCGUGUGCACUCGAUUAUUUUUCCCGCCCAUUGAUAGAGCCUGACAAUGUUCCCUCUUACAUUUUUGUCAUCAGUUGGCAUAACGUGUGGAUUACAAGGCUCACACACUAUGGCCAUGAAAGCCUGUUGUGGCCUUGCCUGUUUGCUCCUUGUGCUAGCAGUAGCCGAGGCUGAAGUUUCAUCCACAAAAGUCCCAACAUGGGCGGUGAAACACGAGUUCGGAUGCGUGCCUUCAGGACCUGUCGAUGAUGCUCAGUGCGACGUUGAAGCGGUUGAGAAGGCAAACUCGCAGCAGCUGCAUUCGAUUCUCUCUGAGCUUGUCAAUACAACCUAUUUUCGUCUUCUCCAGAUAAACUUGGAAGGAAAGUGCAAGUUUUGGACCAAGGCUGUUUCAGAAGCCAAGUGCAACUCCUCUGCAACUGGUGAGGCGGCUGCUGGAGCCGGGGAAGAGGUGGAAGGAGUGAAGCCCAAGGGAAAGAAGCAGUGCGAUCUAGAUCUGUCUGGAGGAGGGAAGGUCGGGGAGAAGAAGAUUGGGUUCAAUGCUCCACCCCCGGUCAAGUGCUGGAGUGUGCAAGGCGGACUCUUCGGAGGUUUCAUGCCCCCCAUCACUAACCUAGUGGAUAAGACGAUCUCCAACGACGAGAAGAAGCUGUUGGAUGGUGAGAGCAAGGUCUGCGACGACCCUGCCCUCCCCGAGUACUGGCUCGACAUCUGCCACAAGAUCCCGACGAACAGCACAGAGUACGUGAAUCUCCAGCUGAACCCGGAGCGGUGGACGGGAUACAACGGAUCCCACGUGUGGAACGCGAUCUAUGAUGAGAACUGCUUCGACAAGCUCGGGUCGUUGCACGAGAUGUGCUACGAGGAGCGAGUCCUGUACCGUAUGCUCUCGGGGAUGCACGCGUCCAUCAACAUCCACAUCUCGGAGCAGUACUAUCCCCCAGUGAAGGGGAAGAGGGACAAGUGGGAGCCGAACCUUGAUCGCUUCAUGAACCACUACGGAGCCAACCCGGAGAGGCUCAAGAACCUUCACUUCGCGUUCGUGGUGCUGCUGCGGGCGCUGAGGAAGGCUGCUCCCUACCUCUACAACUUCCCCUUCUCCGUCGGGGAGAUUGCAGAAGACAAAAGGACCUCCCUCCUCGUGCAGAGGCUUCUAGACUCCCACCUGCUGGCCUCCUGCUCGCACGUGUUCGAGGCCUUCGACGAGCAGAUCAUGUUCAAGUCUGACGGGGAGGAGUCAGAGGUCCAGAAGUCCCUCAAGAGCCAGUUCAAGGGAGUGUUCCACAAUAUCUCCGAGGUCAUGGACUGCAUCUCGUGCCAGAAGUGCAAGCUGCAUGGGAAGCUCCAGCUGCUGGGGCUGGGGACUGCCCUCAAGAUCCUCCUCAUCCCUGAGCAGCUCAUCUCGACCUCGCUCUCCCGGCCGGAGCUCGUCGCGCUCUUCAACACCCUGCACAAGUUCUCGCACGCGAUCAUUGCGGUCCCUCGCCUUACCACCAAGUUCUAUGAGCAUCAGCUGCUCUACAAGGGAGAUGUGCUCGACGAGAAGGUCAUGAACCAGCCUGCUCCCCCUGCGCAAGUCCCCUCCCCCCCGUCCCCUCCUGCUCCUGCGCCAGCUCGCUCUGGGGCGCCAACAAGAAGUUCGACCGUAAGUUCCAUCCCACCUCAAGAAUCGUACAACCUCUUGGACCUCGCGCUGUCUGCUGUCGCCUCCCAGGCGAGGAAAGGAGCGAUUGACUCGCGCACUGAGGACGCGGUGAUCGACAGGUUGCUGGUCAAGGACGAAUCUCUGCUCCUGCUUGCCAAGCACUACGCCUCCUUCAACAGCCAGCGCUUCCUGGAGCACGCGGCACGUUACUCCAAGGAAGCGGCACUGAUGGGCAGCGAGGUCCGUGCUGCUGUCUCUGAUGCAGUCGACGCGAUUGUGAUCGGAGGAGGUCUGGCCGGGUUGUCGGCGGCUCUGACGCUGCUGGAUCGAGGAGGAAGCGUAGUGGUGCUGGAGAAGCAGGGGCAUCUUGGCGGGAACAGCGCCUGGGCCUCCUCGGGAGUGAACGCGGUUGACGUGAACGACACCAAGAGCGGGGACAGUGUGGAGCUCUUCACUCAGGACGUGGUGAAGGCGGCAGGGCGAGGAGACAACCCAUUGAUCCCCGUUCUCACAGAGGGAAGUGUGGACUCGCUCGCAUGGCUGCGGUACCGGCUGAAGGAGCACCUCAACCUCGACCUGGUGGGGCAGAUGGGAGGGCAUUCGAAGCCGAGGACUCACCGCCCCUCCUCGGGUCUAGCUGGAAGUGCCAUCAUCUUCGCCAUCCAGAAGCAGCUGGAGAAGUACCUUGAGGACGGCAGCGGGAGGUUCCGGCUGAUGAAGUGGACGAGCGCAACGAAGCUUAUCACGGAGGAGGACGGAGCUGCUGUCGUGGGUGUGGAGUACGAGGUGGUGGGAGGGAAGGAGGAGAAGGGCAGCAAGGGCAAGCUCUACUCCCGCAACGUCAUCAUCGCAACAGGGGGUUACGCGAGCGACUACACCAACACUUCUCUGCUGAAGCAAUAUCGCCCUGACCUUCUCAAAUAUGCUACCACCAACAACAAGGGAACCACUGGGGACGGACAUAAACUUGCCAUGGCGAUCAAGGCGAAGACUGUAGACCUCAACGAUGUGCAGGUUCACCCCACCGGCUUCCACAACCCCGCAGAUCCGCACAACAAGGUGAAGACUCUCUGCGCGGAAAUUCUACGAGGAGAAGGAGGAAUCCUGUUGGAUCGAACUGGAAAACGAUUCGCCGACGAGCUUGGAACCCGCGACUACGUGACAGGAAGAAUGCUUGAGGUAGACGGGGAAAAUCUCAAGUUCGCCCUGGUCGUCAACGGGAAGGGAGCGAUCAAGGCCAAAAAGCACAUCGAGCUGUACACGAGGAAGGAGCUACUUGUCAAGUUCGAUACGCUCGAACAACUUGCAGCUUGGAGUUUCUGGGAAGGCAAAGUGAACCAGGAGAUGCUGCAGCAAACCAUGAAGAAGUAUGACGAGGAUGGAGCCAAGGGCAUCGACGAGUGGGGAAAGAAAUACUUUCACAACCUCCCCUUUUCUGGAGGAGGACCCUACUACGCGGGCAUCGUCACCCCAGUUAUCCACUACUGCAUGGGGGGUAUCGCCAUCAACGCUCAUGGGGCUGUCCUGCGGGAGGACGGGUCCGUCGUCCGUGGACUGUACGCGGCAGGGGAGGUGAUAGGAGGUCUUCAUGGGAAGAACAGACUCGGAGGAAACGCUCUCAGCGAGUGUGUCGUCUUCGGAAGAUUGCUCGGCCAGUCUCUUCCGAUCGCAAACACGGAGGAGGAGGAGCAGGCAUCCUUGCAGGAAACAAAGGGAGCCCUUCCUCCUUCGCCGUCUCCAGCUAGCAAGACCAUCAGCCAAGAGGAGUUGGCAAAGCACCAGACUAAAGACAGCUGCUGGGUUUCCAUCGAGGGGAAGGUGUACGAUUUUACAGACUUCCUGGACGAGCAUCCAGCAGGAGCUGAAGCGAUCCUCAAGUACGGAGGAAAGGAUGGGACGGAGAUCUUCAAGGCGAUCCACACCGACGAGAUGCUGGCUGACUUCCAACCCAUCGGCGUGCUGGCGGCAUGAGAAUGAAAAUGUGCUAUGAUGUCGGACAAGUAUGUACAAUGAACUCAUCAGGCGC